AUGGAGAACGUCAUGACGGAAAGCGAGAACAUUGCACAACCCGAUGAUCCAGUCUACUUUGUGACCGAGGAAUUGAAACAACUACGUGAGUUGAUGUUGUUCAUGGGAAAUCUUUGUUUUUAGGAGGUAAAAUUCAAGUUUUGGAGACGGAUUUGUUCACUCAACGAUCUCAUGUGUCAGAGCAAGCUAAUCAGAUUUAUGAUUUGAAUAAGAAACUGAAAUUGGCAGGUAAUCUUUGAUUUUUUCGCUUUGGUGUUUAGGUCGAUGAAGUUUUGGAUGGUUCUCGACGAUGGAUGAUCCUUUUGUUGAGUUUUUGGCUUCAUUAGCUGCAAAACACAUUUGUGAAGCUAUGCAACAACCUUUUGUUGAAUGAAGCUUUCAAAAAUUGUACCUUUUUGUUGUUUUAGUUUCAAUACACCAAGUGUAAUAUAAUUAGUGAAAAUCCAACUCAUUUAGUCAAAGUUUGAUCUGAAACAUUCCAAAAUGGCUUCUAAAAUGUAUUUUGCUAUUCAAAAGGUUUUAAUUUUGGUAAAAUACGAUAUCUGACAUAUUAUGCCUCAUGUAUAAUAUCAAAGUUGCUCUGAAUUUUGUGUUACGCGUCUGGCGAUAUUGUUAUAUUUUGACCUUCAGAGUCAGAAAGCUCUGCCGGUGCUGAAGCUGUCCGAGAAUUAAAUGCGGACAAUGCUCGUCUUCGGGAACAAUUGAUCUCCACUGAUAAAGAACAAGCAGUCCUCAGAGAAAAGGCCGCCAAUUUGGAAGGGCAAAUUGCCCGGUAUAUGGAUGCCAAUUCCAAGUUGCAGCUUCAACUACAAAAGGAACAUCGUGGCGCCAAUGAAUUGCGGAGUAAAUUGAACAGGCUGGAAAGUGAACAGAUCAACUUGAAGAGUGUUGCAAAGCAUAAUGAGGUUGGUUUUGAUUUUUGUUAUAAUCUACUUGAUGUUUAGAUUGAGAAUUCGCGUUUGGAACGGGAAUUGGCAGCGGCAUUUCAAGCGCAGAAGUUGAAUUCCGAGCUGUAUGUACAAUAUCUGGCUGAAAGAGACGAUUUGAAACAUCAGUUGGUGAGUUAAAUGAUGUUUUUGGAUAGUACAGAUGCUGCUUUAUGUGUCAGAGCGUAAAAAAUGUUAGUUUUGAGCCAUUAAAUUCGGGUAAAAUUCGAAAAACAGAAAUCUGCAUCCAGUGGGAUUCGAACCUGCGCCGAUUUGAAUGAUAGACUAACACACUACCGGUUAGACUAUUUUGACACAGUGGGCUAAAAUACGGAUUUUUUGAAUUUUUUGUGGAAAAACUAUGAUUGUGUAGUAAUUUGAGAGAAUUUUUGAGAAAAUUAUAGUGUUUUAGAUAUAUUUCGACCAAAAAUUUUGGUUUUUUCAAGAAAUUUUGAUUUUUUAGAAGAAAAUGGAGUCCCUAAAAUCCGAAGCCGAAGCCGUCUUGCAAAUCAAGUCCCAAGCAUUCGAAAUCGACACUGCCAAUUUCAAAAAAGAGGUUGAGGAAAAGAAUGAACAACUUCGGCAGCUCCAAAAGUCGUUAGAGCAGCUCACCAACGCUAAUAAACGGCUCUCGGCAGAAGUUCAGACCCAAAAACUGGCCGCUGCGAACUGGGAAAAGCGCCAUCAAGAAGCGGUCGAGUCCUAUGACGGAGAAUUUGGACGAUUGAGCGAGAUUGCCGAAAAAAGCGAAAGUGAAUUGAAGGCGAAAGACGAGGAAAUUGCCAAGAUUCAGAGCAGUUUUGAGCUGAAAUUGAAAGAAUUGGAGGAAUUGAAGAAAGAAAAAGGUGAAAAUAAUGUUUUUUGGCAAAAAUUUAUAUUAAUUUAGACAUUUUUUGAAGCUUUUGAUGAUUUUUCGGCAAUUUCAGAUGUGGAAAUUGAAAUACUGAGGGAUGAGCUGCACAAGGCUAAAGAAGACAUCAGAAUCAAGGAUGAGAGUGGGUUUGAAUUGAUUUUUUGGGGAUUAAAGGGGGUUUGGACCUUAUUUUAGGUGAAAAUGGUAAAAAAGAAAUAAAAUUCGGUGGAAAUUUUGAUAUUUAUGGUCGAAAAGGAAGGGGUUAUGAUGUGUAUUCAAUGUAAAAGUGGUUUUGGCUAUGAGAUUUUUGAUUUAGAGACCGGUUUUACCUGGUUUUAGGCAACAGUUGAUAAAAAAUUUUUAAAUCCCGAUUUUUUCGAAUUUUGAUCUAAAAUAAGGUAUGUUUUAGGUGUAAUUAGAAAGUUUAUGAUAAGUUCUGUACUUGGAAAAACUUUCGGCUGAAUUCAUAGACUUUUCGGAGUCUUUUUAUAUUGUUUUAGCCAAGGUUUUGAUAAAAAACGAAAAAUUUUGAUUUUCUCUCAAUAUGUAUCGUAAAAUAAGAUGUUUUUGAUUGAAAUACGAUGUGUUCUAUGCCAAGGAAUCUUUUGGCAUUUAUAGUUUUUAAUUGGAGACUAGUUUUAUAUUGUUUUUGACAAAAAAUUUUGCUUUUUCUUACAAUGAAAAUACCUCCAUGGAGUGUGGAGUUACAGGUCGAGAAAUACAUUAAAUAAAUCGCGAAAUGCUUCUGAUUCAGAGUAUGUAAAAACUAGCUCCCUUUAGAAAAUCAGAAACAUUUUGCGAUUUAUUUAAUCAUUUCUUGACCUGUAACCCCAUAGAAGUAUUUUCCUUGUAAGCAAAAGCAAAUUUUUUGUCAAAAACAAUAUAAAACUAGUCUCCAAUUAAAAACUACAAAUGCCAAAAGAUUCCUUGGCAUAGAACACAUCGUAUUUCAAUCAAAAACAUCUUAUUUUACGAUACAUAUUGAGAGAAAAUCAAAAUUUUUCGUUUUUUAUCAAAACCUUGGCUAAAACAAUAUAAAAAGACUCCGAAAAGUCUAUGAAUUCAGCCGAAAGUUUUUCCAAGUACAGAACUUAUCAUAAACUUUCUAAUUACACCUAAAACAUACCUUAUUUUAGAUCAAAAUUCGAAAAAAUCGGGAUUUAAAAAUUUUUUAUCAACUGUUGCCUAAAACCAGGUAAAACCGGUCUCUAAAUCAAAAAUCUCAUAGCCAAAACGACUUUUACAUUCAACACACAUCAUAAUCCCUUUCUUUUCGUCUAUAACACUCAACUUUUCCACCGAAUUUUAUUUCUUUUUUUACCUUUUUCACCUACAAUGAGGUCCAAGCCCUUUCCUUGUAAGUUUUUUUCCUAAAAUUAUAUUUUUUGCAGUGUAUCAAGGAGGCCAUUCGAUCUUCUCCCCAGCAGCACAAGAGACCCUCUCGUUGCUGAAGGAUGCCCCAUCUUUAACCGAGAUUUACGCCGCUCACAUUGACCUAAAAGCCGAGCUCGCCAAGAAGGUCGUCCUCCUCCAACAGGCCGAGAAGACCCUAACCAAACUGCGAGAGGCAUUCCAAGCCCAAACCCCCAUAUUACGCCAAAGAACGGCGCAAUACGAAGAAGCAAUCCUCGAAUUAAAACACACCACAGCUCAGCUAAAACAAUAUAAACAGGAGCGAGAUCAGGUGCUUGUCGCACAAGAUGCGAGUCAGCAUGAAUUACAGUUCACAAAGGACGAGUUAGAGAGGUAUCAACGGGAUUACAGAGCGCUUUCGGAGCAGAUUCAGCAUUUAUUGAAGGAAAAACAAGAACCCAGUGAAAAUCCAUUGCUUUUCGCGGAUAUAAAGGAGUUGCAACUGAAGAAUAGAGAGCUUGUGAGCAGGUAAGAACUUUUUGAAGUGUUGACCCAGGGACGCUCUGCGUAUUUUACAAUGAAAUCUGAGAUUUUUGCAGUUUUUUUGAUAUUUUUGCGGAAAAAUCUUGUUUUUGACAAAAUUGUUGGGUAAAAGUAAAAUUUGUUUGCACUUUAUGAUGUAUAAAACAACAUAGAGUAAUAUUCGAUAAGUUGGCUUUACUGAAUUAGACGAGAAAUGGACGAAAAAUGAGUUUUCUUCCAUGCGGAAUCGAACUCGCGACCUUUUGCGUAGAAAGCAAAAUCACUACCACUAGACUAAAACAACACAUAAGCUGGAAUGGCGGGAAAUUCAAAAUUUUUGAAUUUAUAAUGUAAUUUUAUGGUUUUCCAGACUAAACACCAUGGAAUCCGAGAAAGAAUCGGCCCUGAAAGCCGCGGAAGACAAGAAAUUUAAGGAAUUGAAAGAUAAAUUGGUCGCUUUGGAACAAAUUAGAGAUGAUAAAGAUUGGCAGCUCGGUAAAAUGAACACCCUCGUCAAUGAUUACAAGGAACAACUCAAAAGGAAGCAAUCAGUCGAUCAGCACGCACCUCCGAGGACUUUACCCGACCUCGAAGUGAAUAGAUUAAAAAGCCAACUUCAUAGCCUGGAAUCGCAGCUGAAAUGUGCUGAAUUCAAAGCGGAAACGUUUGAGAAACGCUUCACAGGACUAGCGAAGUAAGUUAGAAGCAAUUUUGGAGGCAUUGGGAGUGGUUUAGGGGGCUUGGGCGGAAUGCCAAAAUUUCGUGGUGGGACCAAGUUGAGGGAUUGAUGGAUAGGAUUUUUGAUUGAAUUGAAGUAUAUGAAGCGGUAAUUUGAUUGUUAGAAGACAUUUUGCGCUGUUUUGGACUUAUUCUGAAACUUGAAACGGAAUGCCAAACUUUUGUGGUGGGACCAAGUUGAGGGGUUGAUGGAUGGGAAUUUUUGGUUGAAAUUAAGUAUAUAAAGUGAUAAUUUGAUUGUUAGAAGACAUUUUGCGCUGUUUUUGACCCAUUCUGAGGCUUGAAACGGAAUGCCAAACUUUCGUGGUGGGGCCAAAUUGAGGGGUUGAUGGAUGGGAUUUUUGGUUGAAAUUAAGUAUAUAAAGUGGUAAUUUGAUGUUCGCCUGACAUUUUGCGAUGGUUUUGACCUGUUCUGAGACUUGAAACAGAAUGCCAAACUUUCGUGGUGAAACCAAAUUGGUGAUAUAACAAUAAGGUUUUUUUGGUAACUUUGAGGUUGAUAAAGUAGCAGAGGAGUAACUAAAAGCUAUAGAAUUAUUUAUGGUCUUCAUGGAUAUUAUACUUGAUUAUAUUUUUGCGAAAUUCAAAAAAUUUUUUUUGAAUUAAUUGCUUUUUCCUUCAUAUACUGUGUUUUAGCACCCAAACCCAACGAGAAACCCAAUGGACGGAACAAAAAACCUCCCUUACCGCUCAAAUCGAAAGGUUGACCAAAGAUUCCAACGAAAAACACGCCGAAAUCAGCCAGUUGAAACAGAAGAUUCAAGAACUCACAAUUCAGAUCAAACGCCACGCCGGACAACACCAGGAUCUGGCUUUACGGCUGGAAUUUGUUUCCAAAAAGAGGGAUGAAAUUUUCUUCAGGGAACAGCAAAAAGACAAGAUCAUCGAUGAAUUGAGGUGGGUUAUUGCAAUAUAUUGUAAUGUUUGAAGGGAUUUAGAGUUGGUUCGUUGCGAUUUUUGAGUUUGAGAUUUGUUUUGAUGAUUUUGAAGGGCUUUUGGACCGAGAGAAACAGUUGACCCAAAAUUGAGAAAUUGGGUCAAGUGUUUCUCUCAGUGGAAUAGCGGUAAAAUACGCAAUGAUAAGAGUAAAAUUCAUGAUUUUCUUUUUAUUUUUGGUUUCUUUGUCAGAGAGAAAGACUUGACUCGAAUUUGAAUUUUUGGGUCAAGUGUUUCCCUCGUCAAAAAAUCUCUGAUUUGACUCCGAAAAAUAUAAUAUAUGAUAUUUCAGAGACCAGAACAGAACCCUCGACCUGAAUUAUCGAGAAAUUUCCCAUACAAACGCACUUUUCAAGGCCCAAUUAACGGAAUUUGCAAAAAAAUUUGACCUCAAUUCCGAUUUGAAGGCUUCAUUUAGCGACUUUGAAGCCUUGAUUAACCGGCAAGAAGCCAAAACUCGCCAAGAAAUUGACCAAAAAUUGGCGGAGUUAACGUCGGAAAAUCAGACUUUGAAAUCGACCAACUUGGAGUUGAAUUUGGCCAAGGAAAAGCUCGAAAAUGAUUUAAAAUUGCUGAAACUGGAACUGGAAAGCGAAGUCAAGAGGCUGAAAUUCGAAUUAGAGCAUGCCAGCAUCAGCUUGGACCCGGUGAAAAAUGAAAAUUCGGAGUUAAAAGAGAAGCUCAAAAAAUUGACGGAAGAAUUGCUAGAAUACGAAAAAACAGCCACGGAAUCGAGCCUCUUCUACACCAACAACCUCAUGCUGGUCAAUGAAGUCGAGAUCUUGAAGUACCAACUGGAUGCAACUGCAAGAUUGACGGAAUGUGAGAGGUUUUGAGAGUUUUUUGGAGGGUAUUUUUGAUUUUUGGGGGGUUUAGGGAUUAUGGAUUUUUUGAAGGGAAAUUUGAGGUAGAAUACUAGGUAAAUGAAAGUGAUAGGGCUUUGAUAUAAAAUGAGGAUGCCUUGUAAGGUAUUUUGAGGGGGAUUGGAAAAAAUUUGAAACGAAAAAUUUCAGUUUUUUGGGAAGAUUUUGAGAUUUUUAGGGUUUAUUGGGGUUUGAAGGUAAAUUGAGGUAAAAUACGAGAUGAUAACUGUGGGCUUUGAUGUAAUCUUGACCUGAGAGGUCGUAUAGGGUAUUUUGAGGGAGACUGGCAAAGUUUUGAAACGGGAAGUUUCAGGUUUUUGGGAUGGUUUUGAGAUUUCUGGAGAUUUUUUGGGAUUUGAGGGGAAAUUGAGGUAGAAUACGAGGUUAUCUAUAGUGAUAGGGCUAUGAUAUAAAAUAAGGAUGCCUUGUAGGGUAUUUUGAAGGGGAUUGGAAAAAUUUAAAACGGAAAAUUUUUGGUUUUUGGGAUGGUUUUGAGAUUUCUGGAGAUUUUUUGGGGUUUGAGGGGAAAUUGAGGUAAAAUAAGUGGCGGUGGUAGUGAUAGGGCUGUGAUAUAAAACCAGGAUGCCUUGUAGGAUAUUUUGACGGAGAUUGGAAAAAAUUGAAACUCAAAAUUUCACUUUUUUGGGAUAGUUUUGAGAUUUUUGGAGAUUUUUUGCGGUUUGAGGGGAAAUUGAGGUAAAAUACGAGAUCAUUUGUAUUCAUAGCGCUAUGAUAUGAAACUAGGAUGCCUUGUAGGAUAUUUUGAAGGAGAUUGGAAAAAAAUUCAAACGAAAAAUUUCACCUUUUUUGGAUGGUUUUGAGAUUUUUAGGGUUUGAAGGUAAAUUGAGGUAAAAUAAGUGGUGGGCGGUAUUGAUAGAGCUAUAAUAUGAAACAUGGAUGCCUUGUAGGGUAUUUUGAGAGGGAUUGGAAAAGGCUGAACGGUGAAAUUGCCGGUCUUUGGGCAGGUUUUUUGAUUUUUAGGGAUUUUUUAGGGUUUGAAGGGAAAUUGAGGUAAAAUCCGAGGUCAUUUGUAUUCAUAGCGCUAUGAUAUGAAACAUGGAUGCCUUGUAGGCAUCCUGGUUUCAUUUUGAGAGAGAUUGGAAAAUUUUUGAAACGGAAAAUUUCAGGGUUUGGCCCUGUUUUCGGAAUUUCAGACAUUUUUUAGGGUUUGAAGGGAAAUUGGGGUAAAAUAAGUGGUGGCGGUAGUGAUAGGGCUGUGGUGUAGAAGGAGGAUGUCUUGUAAGGUAUUUUGAGUGAGACUGGAAAAGGUUGAACGAUGAAAUUUUUGGGUUUUGGACAGGUUUUUUGAUUUUUAGGGAGUUUAAGAGGUUUGAAGAAUUUUUGUAAGAAAUUGGAGGUAAAAUACGGCAGUUUGAAAAUACGGCAUGAUUUGAUUUUGGUCUGAGAGUUAAUUAAGGGUAUUUUGAAAGGUAUUGAAAGGGUUUUAAGAGGCAGAAUUUCAAGUUUAGCUUGUUUUUGAUGAUUUUUCGAAGAUUUUUGAUGUUUUUGGGUUGAGAAGGCCUUGUAGAAUAUUAUUUUUUGGUAAUUUUUAAAAUUUAUGCUAUUCUGAAGUUAGUUUUGAUUUAUUUUUAGAUUGGAAGUCGCGAUGGGAAGCUGAUUUCAAUUUAAAAAUUGAGAGUUCUGGCGAAAUUCCGGUAAGUUUGGGGUAUUUUGGGAUAUCGAGAAGUGUUUGAAAAGCAUUUUUAUUUAUUUUUGGGCUUUUUGGUUACUGUAAUUUUGAAAUUUCAACGAAAUUUUAGAACUUUUUCGAAAAAAUUGGAUUUUUUGAUAAUUUUGGAUUUUUCAGCCCGAAGAAAAGCUGGAUUACUCGGAUUCGAUCCGCUCACUGUUCAAUGAAGCCGAGCUGAGAAUCCAGGAAACGUAAGAGCUACAAUAUUUGCUGAAAUUUUUAUGUUUUUGCGGUUUUUUUUUUAUUUUUUUGGGAUUCUGACCAAAUUUUUGAUGUUUUCCUUCAGAAAUGACCGUUUAUUGGACGCCCACACCCGUCAAAUGGAGCUGGAAAUGGAGAAACAGAAUUUGGAAGCCGCCAUCAGCGAGAUCAACAAGAAAUUCGAGGCGAAAAUCGCGGAAUACGAAGAGAAAUUGAAGAAAUCCGAGGAAAAAGUGGUAAAACCGGUAAAAAGAGAGCAUAAUGAGAUGGAAGUGGAUGAAAUACCCGCGAAAAUCCCGAAAAUAGAACUCGACUUUGAUUUAGAAGACAUAAAAGGACAGUUGGAACAGAGAAAUAACGAAUUGAAACUGGUUAAUGACCAGUUUGAGGACUUCCAGGUAAGAAAUACCUAAAAUAAGGUCGAUUUUUUGGUGGGUUGUGAUGAAAAAAUUGAGAGUUUUGGUGUGUAAAGUGGAUAAAAGAGGUUUAUAAUGAGUUUGGAGGAAAAAUAAAGACCGAUUUUUUCGACGAAAAAUUUGGAAAAUUUUUGAAAAGUGGAUUUUUUGGCAAAAAAUCGUAUUUUAGAAGAUAAAUUGAGGUAGAAAUGAGAUUCAAAAUAUUUUUUGAGCUAAAAUACGGAUUUUAAAAACUUGAUUUUUCCUAUUUUUCAAAAUUUUUCGUCGAAAAAUCGGUGAUUUUUGGCAAAAAAUCGUAUUUUAGAAGAGAAAUUAAAAUUAGAAAUGAGAUUUUAAAUAUUUUUUGAGUUAAAAUACGGAUUUUAUUAAUAAAAUUUGAUUUUUGCGAUUUUUCCAAAUUUUUCGUCCAAAAAUCAGUGAUUUUUAGCAAAAAAUCGUAUUUUAUGAAAAAACUUGGAUUAAAAAUGAGAUUCAAAAUAUUUUUUGGGCUAAAAUACGGAUUUUAAAGUUUGAUUUUUGCGAUUUUUCCAAAUUUUUCGUCCAAAAAUCAGUGAUUUUUAGCAAAAAAUCGUAUUUUAUGAAAAAACUUGGAUUAAAAAUGAGAUUCAAAAUAUUUUUUUGAGCUAAAAUACGGAUUUUAAAAUUUGAUUUUUCCUAUUUUUCAAAAUUUUUCGUCGAAAAAUCGGUAAUUUUUGGCAAAAAAUCGUAUUUUAGAAGAGAAAUUAAAAUUAGAAAUGAGAUUUUAAAUAUUUUUUGAGUUAAAAUACGGAUUUUAUUAAUAAAAUUUGAUUUUUCCUAUUUUUCCAAAUUUUUCGUCCAAAAAAUCGGUGAUUUUUUGGCAAAAAAAUUAUUUUUAUCCUUUUUUGUUGCAGAAAAUUGCCGAAUCCGAGCGCAUCCAGCUCCAAGAGGAGAUCAAUCACUUGAAAAAUGAGAAAUCCGCCCUCUGGCAAAGAACGGAACAGAUCAUCAAUGAGGUCCGAACGAAAUUGGAGCAAUCCCCCGAAAAUUUGGAGACAUCCGAGCUCCUGAAUGUGCUGAGACAAGAAUUGGCAAAUGUAAGUGGGAUUUGGCGAGAUUUAGAGGCGAUUUUGUGUUUGAUUGUUUUCGUGGUGGGACCUGGAAAUGAAAAUAAAUUUUUGAUUUUUCUUGGCGUUUUAGUUAACUUUUCUAUCAAAAAUAUGGGUUUGACAGUUUUUAGGAUGAUUUGGCGCUAAAUUUUCAAUUUGAAUUGUUUUCGUGGUGGGACCCAAAAAUAAAUUUUUUUGAUUUUUCUUGGCGUUUUAUUAAAUUUUCUUAUCGAAAAUAGUGGUUUGGCCGUGUGUUGGAUGACUUGGCGCAAAAUUUUCAAUAUAAAUUGUUUUCGUGGUGGGACCCAAAAUUUUUAAAAAUUUGGUUAUUUUCAAUUUUUUUGUGUUGAAAUGGUUUUAUAGAGGCAUUUAUAUUGAUUUCCAGCUGUUUUUUCAAUAUGGAUUGUUUUCGUGGUGGGACCCAAAAAAAUUUUUUUUAAUAUUUUUUCGAUUUUUUUUAACUUUUUUGGGAGAAUUUUAGUAAGUUGAGGAAUGAAAAAGUUUUACUGCGUAUUUUUAACCCCUUUUGAUUUUCAGGAAACCGCCCAAAGACUUCAACUUCUCGGCCAAAAUGAGGUUCUUCGCAGAGAAACCCAGGACUGCAUUGCUGCUCAAUUGCAUCUCAGAACCGAGCUGAAGAAGUUGAACAGCGAUUUGACUGUGAGUUUGGUCUUUUGGGAAAUGAUUGAGCGAUUUUUUGGGAGAAAAAGGGGAUUUUUUACCUAAAAUAAGGUAAAAAAGGUGGAUUUUUUGGAUUAUUUUGGUGAUUUAUGCUUGAAAAAUUGUUUUUAGAGAGGGUUUUUGGAUGUAAAAUACGUAGUUUACUGAUUUGCUCAGAUUUUUUUGGAUUUUUUCGCAAAAAAAUUAGAUUUUUACCUAAAAUAAGGUCAAAAAUUUUUGAUGUAAAUUGGAUGUAAAAUUAAUUUUUAACAGCUUUAGAGUGUGUAUAAUGCGAUAUUACACUAUUUUCAGGCCGCUACCGCCAAAAAAUUUCGAUUUUUUACCUAAAAUAAGGUCAAAAAAUUUUUUUUUAAAUUGGAUGUAAAAUUAAUUUUUAACACUUUUAGAGUAUGUGUAAUACGUUGUUAUGCUAUUUUCAGGCCGCUACCGCCCAAACGCAGCAAAUAAAAUUGAACGCGAGCAAAAAAAUUGAUGAAGCGAACGCCUUGUUGGCCGAAAAACAGAGAAAUUUGGACCAGCUGAAGGCAAAUUUCACGAAGAAAUUGGAAGAACAGACCAAAGACGUCGAAUUGGAACUAUCAACGCUGAAACAGAAGGUCUCAGAACAAGAGAAUGAGCUAAAAAUUGUGAAAGAUGAGAAAGAAAAGAUUGCCAAUGAACUGGAGAAGAAGAACGAAGAAUGCGGAAAAGUGAAGGCGUUGGCCGUGAAAUUCCGAGAGGAACUGAAAUCCGCAAGGGCUCAGAAACCAGCUGGAGCUGCGGCAACGAGUGCGGCGGCUACGGCAACCCCAGCAGCGCCAGCGACAAGUUCAGGUGAAAAUUUGGGGAUUUUGGGGGAAAUUUGGGAUUUUUGGCGAUUUGCAAGGGAUUUUUUUGAGAAAAAUGGUGAUUAUCAGAAAGGAUGGGGACUAUACUGGAGAAUGAAAGGGAUUUCAGCCGGGGCUGGGCUUGAUUUAGCACUUAAAAUUCAGUUUUGGACCAUAUUGUACAUGACAUUGGAGUUUUUGUUAAAUAGUGAAAAUUGCAGUAAUCCUGGAAGCCCCGGUAUACAAAAAUGAGAUUAUACGAGAGAGUGAUGUCCAGAGUACCUAGUGGAUUCCAAAAAAUCCUUUUAAAUCUUCCUUUUUGCGGUUAAAAUACGAUUUUUUUAGUCUAAUGUCCAAUUUUCCGUGUUAGGGAAAAUUUGGAAUUUUUGGCGAUUUGUGAAGGAUUUUUUUUGAGAAAAAUGGUGAUUAUCAGAAAGAAUAGGGACUAUACUGGAGAAUGAAGGCGAUUUCAGCCGGGUCUGGACUUGAUUUACCAUUUAAAAUUCAGUUUUGGACCAUGUUGUACAUGACAUUGGAAGAAUUGGAGUUUUUCUUAAAUUUCUCUGGAUUUUUUGGAAGGAAAUGGCUAUUGUAGGGUAGAAUGAGAUGUAAGAUGGAUUGUGAAGGGGAUUAUAAGUAGAGUUCAGGUUGAUUUGGAGGUUAAAAUAUGAUUCUUAGCGAUAUUACACUUGGUAUUGAACAUGGUGGAAAAAAAUUGGAAUUACUGUGGAUUUUGAUGGAAUUUUAAGAAUUGAUGACCAUUGUAGGAAAGUAUAGGCCUUGUGGCGCUUUAUGAAAGAUGUUCGGUGGAUGAUUGGUCUUGUUUUAGACGUCAAAAUGGCAAUUUUUCAUCUCCCCCACCUGAUAUUAGACUUUACGAAAUAAUUCAAAAUUACAGUAAUCCUAGAAGCCCCAGUGUGGAAAAAUGAGAUUAUUACGAGAGAGUAAUGUCCAGAGUACCCAGUGGAUUGCAAAAAAUCAUUUUAAAUCCUCAUUUUUGCGGUUAAAAUACGAUUUUUCUAGGCUAAUGCCCAAUUUUCAGUCGUUGCCGCUUCCUUCUCCCAACCAGCGGUCUCCGCCCCGUCCAGAACAAUCGAACCGCCCAAACCCACUCCCCCUCGAGCUCAGCGUGGCCCACAAGCGGGCGUCGGCCGGGUUCAGCAACAGAUCCUUCGGAAUCAGGGCGCAGUUCGUGCUCCCGCGCCGGCUCAACCGCUUUACGGCCAGAAUAAGGCGAGAAUUCUGAAGUUGGAGGAGGAAAAUAAGGUGAGGAAAGGGGAGUUGGGAAGAUUGGAGGGAAUAGAGAAGCUUGAGGGGAAUUUAGGAGUGAAUCGGAAUGCCAAUUUUGCAAUUUUUCGUGGUGGGACCAAAAUUUUUUUUUGAUUUUAAUUUUUUUGAUGGCAAAAGUUGAAUUUGAUAUUGUAAAAUCUUAGUGAGAGCUGUAAAGAAGAUUUUAGGCUUGAAAAAAAUUGAAUUUUACUAAUUUUUUGUGGAAUUUUGAGAUUUUUUGAAAUAUUUUUUUUUUUCAAAAAUUGACGAAAUAAAUGAAAUUGUUGUUGUUAUAAAUUAUUUAGAGGUCUUUAGAGGAAAUUUUCAGCCAAUUAAAAUAAGAUUUUGGUGAUUUUUUUUUGUGAAAUUUUGAUUUUUUUUCGAAUUUUGAAAUUUUUUUAAAUUUUUUUUUUUCAGGAUCUCACCACCAAACUUUCGGCCCAAACCAGCGAAGCCCAAACCCUCAAAGAGAAGCUCACAACUCUAGAAUCUCAAAUCAAAGAACGGGAACUGCGAAUUGCGGCGUUGGAAAAGCGAAUCUCGGAAUUGGAGGAGGAGAAAGAAGACCUCCAAGGCACAAUUGAAGCCGACAAAAUGCGCCACGAAAUGGUGGAGAGCUCGUACGCCAAGGCCCGGCAAACAAUCAAUGAGCUGAAAGAGCAGAUCAAACAAUUGGAAACGGCUAAAGAGGAGAUCACCCCGAAUUAG